CGCUGUGCUCCCUGCUUCCUUCGCACCGCUCUCGCCCGCCCACCCCAGAGCCGCUGCGCCACGGUGGGACGCGGAGGUGCUCUGCUUGUCUUUCAGGUAUCUGAAGAAACAGCCUGAAGAUGAACUUCUUCCUGGAAACAUUACAAUUCAUUGUACUUCUUGUUUACUACUUACUGGAGUCACUGGUGUUCUUGGUUGUUCCUAGACGGAAGAAGAAUGUUAGUGGUGAAAUCGUAUUAAUAACAGGAGCGGGAAAUGGCAUUGGAAGACUCUUAGCGGUGAAGUUUGCCAGCCUUGGAGCCACGGUGGUCCUCUGGGGUAUUAAUCAAGAGAGACUCAACUGCACAGUUAGACUGGCCAGAGAAAACGGAGCAGGAAGAGUACACUCUUAUGUCUGUGACUGUAGCAAAAGACAGGAUGUCUACAGAGUAGCUGACCAGGUUAAAAAAGAAGUUGGCGAUGUCAGCAUCCUAAUCAACAAUGCUGGUAUUGUAAUUGGGAAGAGAUUUCUUGAUUCUCCAGAUUCACUUGUAGAAAAAACCAUGGAAGUGAACACAAUGGCACACUUCUGGACUUACAAAGCCUUCCUCCCAGCAAUGGUUGCAGCUAACCAUGGACACUUGGUUAGCAUAGCAAGCUGUGCAGGACUGUGUGGAACCAGUGCCAUGUCAGAUUACUGUGCAAGUAAAUUUGCAGCAGUUGGUUUUGCAGAGUCAAUUGAUAUAGAGAUGAGAGCUCUGAGAAAGACUGGUGUUAAAACCACAACUGUGUGUCCUUACUUCAUAAACACGGGAAUGUUUGAUGGUGUUGAAUCCAAGUGGCCACAUGUGCUUCCUAUUCUGGAUCCAGAGUAUGUGGCUGAGAGGAUAAUCACUGCUGUUCGGCAGAACCAAGAAAUGUUGCUUCUACCACGCAUCACUUAUGCUUUAUAUUUUUUGAAAAGCUUCCUGCCAGUGAAAGCAAGUGUUCUCUUUUUAGAGUACUUUGGAAACCUUGAUAUCAUGAAAACCUUCAAAGGUCGACCAAAGAAGGAGUGAAAAAGCACAAAAUUCAGAGACCAGCACCUCUAAAGUGGAUGUUGUUAAAGGUGGUGGUGGGAAAAGUUUGCUUCCACUAGCAGCUGUGAACUUUGGGUGCCUCAUUUCUCAAUAGUAACAAGAUUAAGAGUUGCUUUUUAACUGGCUCUUAAUCAACAACUUUCAUCUGAACUGUUGUUUUUAGUCCAGCAAAUUGUUUUCUUUUCACCUCAUUAUGAAAAUACAUUAAUUGAAUUUAGUUGCUUUGGUUUAUAAUGUCUUAAAUGGGAUUCUGCAUCACAAACCAGUAAUUGGCAACUUUGGGGGGGAGAAAAGACCAGGAAACUACAUGUAUUUAGCAGGUAGCCAGAAAAGCCUGUAGUGGAUCUGACUUCUUGCUGCCAUUCAAUGAACCAUGAGGUUGGGCUGUACUGCUGGUGCCAUUACAAUUCCCUGGUAAGUUGAGGAAUUCAAGAAUUUCCUCAAACAACAGAUUCUAACUCUUACAAAUGAAAGUGUUGUGAGAUAAAAAUAUACACUCUGUUGGUGAAAAAAACAAUCACAUUUAUUAAUUUUUGGAGGUGUGAUCUCUCAACUCACAGAUGACAGUGGAUGUUGGGGCAGGGACAGGGAAGCAUAUGUAAAUUAAGCAUUUGUGCUGCUAAUCUACUUUGUGCCUAAUUUAUUUUAAAAGCUAAUACUAUGACUGCAACUUUGUAACAGAAAUCUUUAUAUCUUUUAAGUACAGUAUUUUAAGAACUAUUUUAAAUUGUCCUCUCCUAAGAAGAAUAAACUUGUAUUUAUAAAGCAUGA